ACCUUCUCUAACAAAAAAAAAAUAUGCCUUCUCUUUUAUUAUCUAACAAUGCUGUUUCCUUGGAGAGAAACAAUGAAAAAUCUCCUGUCAUUACAAGAGAUCGAUCAAAUCUUGAACGCCAACUUGAACUUGGUUCAAUUGAAGCUGCGUGUCAAUUGGCCUCACUCACUGAAUACAAGCACGAUGAAAUCCACGGGUGCUAUAAUUGCGAUUUGAUCGCCAAAUACUAUAUUUUGGGGUUCCAAUCUGUAAAGAAUAGCAAACAACUUGAAUGUGAUUCAAUUUUGCUUGGACUUGUGCAACAGGUGAUCCAGUUUAUUCAAUGUCAUUUGGAUAUUUCAAGAAUAGAGCAUGUAUCAUGGUUACCAGUUUUGAUGAAUAAUCUGCGUGAAUUGGGUAAACAAAUCAAGGAUGAAUCUAAUGAAGCAGAUAGAUAUGUGCCCUUACCACCCACAUCCAGUCAGAUGGAAACAGUGGGCACGGAUAUAAGUAUGGAUAAUUCAGUGAGUGGUGAAUAUGGUCGUGCUAUUCGUAUAUCCAUUUAUUAUUGUCGCGCUGCACUCUGCGAAGAGGUUGAUACGGCAAAGUCUGUUUCUUAUUAUCGUAAAUGUGUGUCUGUUCGCCCAAGUCCGGUUGAAUCACAGAACUUUCAACAAUCAGCAAAGCUAGCUCUCUUACAUUUAAUUGCCGAUCAUGCAACAAACCGUCCAAGAUUACCUUCCCGAACUUCUUCUGUCUCCAGUGGCGCUUCAUCUUCUUGCUCAAUGUCUUGUUCUAACUGUGGUGUUGAAAAGCGAGGUAUACCAGUCUGCUCCAAAUGUAAAUCUCGAUACUAUUGUGGUGUACGUUGCUUAAAGGCACAUAAGCCUAUUCAUGACGCUGAAUGUGGUAACAAUCUUUAAUCUUUUAUUCCCCUUUUAUAUCAAACACAUUUUGUAUAUUCCCCUAUUUUUAAAACGAGACAAAUAUUAUUUUGUUUAUUAUAAAUUACUUUUUCCAUGGUGAUUGUUGUAUUUGCCG